AUGGGCCGUAUUACUGAAGAUCUUAUUAGACGAAAUGCUGAACACAAUAACUGUAUAAUUUUUUCCCUGGAGGAACUCUCCUUGCAUCAGCAAGAAAUAGAAAAACUAGAGCAUAUUGACAAAUGGUGCCAGGAUUUAAAAAUUCUCUAUCUACAAAAUAAUCUUAUUGGAAAAAUUGAAAAUGUCAGUAGACUGAAGAAACUUGAAUACUUGAAUUUAGCUUUAAACAACAUUGAAAAAAUAGAAAAUCUGGAAGGAUGUGAAUGGCUGACAAAACUUGACUUGACGAUAAAUUUUAUUGGAGAGCUGAGCAGUGUUAAGACCCUACAGCGCAAUAUCCAUCUGAAAGAGCUCUUUCUCAUGGGCAACCCAUGUGCUGACUUUGAUGGCUACAGACAAUUUGUGGUGGCAACUCUUCAACAACUAAAAUGGUUGGAUGGUAAAGAAAUCGAGCGUUCAGAAAGGAUUCAGGCAUUGCAGAACUAUCCAGUAAUUAAGCAACAAAUCAGAGAGCAGGAAAAAGCGUACUGCCUCAAACGAACCAAAGAGAAAGAAGAGGCUCAGAGGAAACUUCAAGAAGAGCACAAAAGUGAGGGCAAGAAGAGGAGAAGUAACUCGGGCUUUGACGGGCGCUGGUACACAGACAUCAACGCUACGCUUUCAUCUUUAGAGAACAAAGAUCGCCUCCAAGUACCAGAAACACAAGAAGAGGAAGACAACAAAAAAAGACUAGAUGAAAGCGAAGAUGAUGUGGAAUUCUGGAAUAAGCCCUCUUUGUUUACUCCUGAAUCUAGAUUGGAAACUCUUAGACACAUGGAAAAGCAAAGAGAAAAACAAGAAAAAUUAAGUGAAAAAAAUAAGAAAGUGAAGCCACCCAGGACCCUGAUCAAGGAAGAUGGGAGACCCCUGAAUGUAAACGAACCCAAACUUGAAUUCUCUUUGAAAGAUGAUGAAAAACGUAACCAGAUCAUCUUGGACCUGGCUGUCUAUAGGUACAUGGAUACCUCUUUAAUUGAUGUUGAUGUACAGCCGACUUACGUGCGAGUAAUGGUCAAAGGCAAGCCAUUUCAGCUUGUCCUUCCUGCAGAAGUCAAACCUGAUAGCAGCUUUGCUAAAAGAUCUCAGACAACAGGACAUUUGGUUAUCUGCAUGCCCAAGGUAGAAGAAGUAAUCAAAAGUGGUCAACGAACACUCAAGUCACUGAAGACUACUUUGGACAGAGGCAAAGAACAAACAAGCUCAAGAAGCAAGCACAUUGAAAAACUAGAAGUGGAUCCCAGCAAACAUUCGUUCCCUGAUAUAACUAACAUAGUUCAAGAGAAAAAACACACACCCAGAAGACUGGAAUCUGAACCCAAAAUUACCCCAAGUGAGGAAGACCCAGGCUUUGAAGAUGACCCUGAAGUUCCUCCAUUGAUUUGA